CGCCGGGCCUCUUCCUCCCAGCUGAGGGCAGGAGCGGAUUGGUCCGUAGUUUGGCGGCUCUGCUCGGGGCGGCCGCCGGCUGGAGGGAUGGCGGCGGCGGCGGCAGCGGCUGGAGGAGGAGGAGGAGGGAGCGGCGGCAGCGGGCCGAGUUCAGCGCCGGUGACCGCGGCUUCUGCGCCUGCUGCUCCUUCUUCCGCCGCUGGCUCCGCGGCCCCGCCUGCUGCUGCUGGUGCUGGUGGUCCUGCGGGGCCCGGCUGGCGUCUGCCCGGGCGCGUGCUGGAGCUGGUCUUCUCCUACCUGGAGCUGCGCGAGCUGCGGAGCUGCGCCCUGGUCUGCAAGCUCUGGCACCGCGUCCUCCACGGAGACGAGAACAGCGAGGUCUGGCGGAGCCUGGCCGCCCGGAGCCUGGCCGACGAGGCGCUCCGCACAGACGUCCUCUGCAAUGUGCCCAGCUACAAGGGCAAGGUACGUGCCUUUCAGCAUGCUUUCAGCACCAAUGAUUGUUCUAGGAAUGUCUACAUUAAGAAGAAUGGGUUUACUUUGCACCGGAAUCCCAUUGCCCAAAGUACGGAUGGAGCCAGAACCAAGAUCGGCUUCAGCGAAGGCCGCCAUGCCUGGGAAGUCUGGUGGGAAGGUCCUCUCGGCACCGUAGCAGUAAUUGGAAUUGCAACAAAGCGGGCUCCCAUGCAGUGCCAAGGUUAUGUGGCCCUCCUGGGCAGCGACGACCAGAGCUGGGGCUGGAAUUUGGUGGACAAUAACUUGUUGCAUAACGGUGAAGUAAACGGCAGCUUUCCUCAAUGCAACAAUGCCCCAAAAUAUCAGAUAGGUGAGAGAAUUCGUGUCAUCCUGGAUAUGGAAGACAAAACGUUGGCGUUUGAGCGGGGCUACGAGUUCCUGGGAGUUGCAUUCCGAGGACUGCCAAAGACAUGCCUGUAUCCAGCAGUAUCUGCAGUGUAUGGCAACACUGAAGUGACAUUAGUUUAUCUGGGAAAACCUUUAGAUGGAUGAUAUUCUUGUUUGUUUUCUAAAAACAAUCGGGACAUGAAAAUCAAGUUGACGAUACAGGGACGCUUGUUCAAUGGUUAAUAAGGAAACAUGAAUGAAAUGUAUGGAUGUAUGUCCAAGAAACAUCCAGGAGAACCAAAACCUGUGUUCUAGAAGGCCAGCUGCAUGGAUCAAGAGUGCAUAAGCAUUUCCUUUUUCUGUCAGUCCAGAAAAUUCCUCAGGGGGUUGCAGUUUGUUGUUGAAAGGCCGUUAACCGCAUGCAUGUUGCAUAAAAAUUUGUUGCCAAGGUGGCAAUGUGGAAUCCUGUACAUAUUCAAGGAAGUGUUUAAUAGAUACAGUUGAGGACGAUAUCCAAGAUGUGUGAGUCUUGUGUGUUGUGGAAAAGGUUUCAAUUUUAGAACUAUUUGUUCUUUCCUGCCUUUGAUUGGAUGUGUUUUACCAAAGGUUAGGUUUUAUUUAAUAUAUUUUAAAUGUAUUUACAGGGUGUGGUCCAUGGACUAUGCUUCUCCAGAUCUAAACAUUGUGCAGCUACACUGAUGUGUAUUUUAAAGACUGUUUAUACAGAACACUUAAAAAAUUCCUGCAAAACUAAGGUUCGCUUUUGCUCUGAAUGCAACAUAAUUUCUGAAAUGCAAAAAAACCACUACAUGUCAAAUGUCAGCUUUUGUUUAAGAGAUAGAUAACAUAUAUAAGUGCACUUCUUUUGUUUUGUUGUUUAUCUCUUGUGAUGAUUUGACUAGUGUAAAAUGGCUGAAAUUUGAUGGUCAGAACAGUGUGUGUUCAUAUACAUAAGGGGAAAGUCCAUUUAGACAAAUUAAGUUUUCAAAUUGGUACCAAAAUAUUUAGGAUAUUUUAGGAAAAUUAUUUUCUGAGUAAUUUCUUACAAAAAUUAUUAUAAAAAAUUGAAACCAUUCGCUUAAAUAAUUUGAAGUUUAAGUUGCACUCACAUUUCAAGCUGAUGAACUAUUUCACAUGUAUUAAAACUUAGUUUUGAGACUGAAAAGUUUUCCUGAGGAAGUAAUGUGCCAGUUCAGACGAAAUGAUAGAUCAAAGUUCCAAGGGAACCUUGCUUACCAUGUAAAGGCCACAUGUUUGCUGCCCACUUCUUCCCAUGAUAAGCAAACCAGAGACAUUGUGACCUUUCAGUGUUAUGUAUGAAUCAAGAAUUCUAGUUUGCCUCUCUUUGUCGAUCUAAGUUAUAAGUCACGGUUUGUUGUUAGCGUGUUAGAGAAGAAACAGUUUGUACAUUAUGAUGAAUAAACUACAUAUGACUCCCAGUAUGCUCAUUUGCUCCCAGUUGCUGGAGGAGUCAAGCGGGAGUGUUAGAGGACACGACUCAUUCACCAUAAGCCAGGAUUCUUUAGGCUUCAGCUGUAUUGUGAUGUAUUUAUGUGGCCAAUGUAUAAAGAGGAAAGACUUGAAGUUGA